AUGAAGCUUUUGGAUGUUGGAACUGAUGAUGAUGGUGUCCACAUGAUCGGGAUCCAUGGAAUUGGUGGAAUAGGAAAAACAACACUUGCUCUAGCAAUUUCUAAUUUGGUUGCUAACCAUUUUGAUGGUUUGUGUUUUCUUGAAAACGUGAGAGAAAACUCAGAAAAACAUGGGUUACAACAUCUCCAAAGCAUUCUUCUAUCUGAGAUGGUUAAAGAAAAGAGAAUAAACAUGGCAAAUGUGCAACAAGGAAUUUCAAUGAUACAACAUAGGCUUCAAGGAAGGAAGGUUCUCUUGAUAGUGGAUGAUGUUGACAAGCAAGAGCAAUUGCAGGCUAUUGUUGGAAGAUCUAAUUGGUUUGGUUCCGGCAGCAGAAUCAUCAUAACGACUCGAGAUGAACAGCUGCUAGCAUCUCAUGAAGUUAAAAGAACAUAUGAGGUGCAGGAAUUGAACAAGAAUGAUGCUUUUCAAUUGCUUACAUGGAAAGCUUUUAGAACAGAAGAAUUUGAUCCAAGUUAUGAAGACGUAAUGAAUCAUGUGAUAGCUUAUGCUUCUGGCCUUCCAUUGGCUUUGGAAGUAAUAGGUUCCAACUUGUUUGGAAAAAGUAUAGAAGAAUGGAAAUCUGCUAUCAAACAAUAUGAAAGAAUUCCUAAUAACCAAAUCCUAAAGAUACUUCAAGUAAGCUUUGAUGCUUUGGAGGAAGAAGAGAAGAGUGUUUUUCUUGACAUUGCUUGUUGUUUCAAAGGAUAUGAAUUGGAAGAGGUCCAAGAUAUACUUCAUGCUCAUUAUGGUGAUUGCAUGAGAUAUCAUAUUGGAGUGUUGGUUGAUAAAUCUCUCUUAAAGCUUAGUCUGCACGGUAUGAUGGUGACAAUGCAUGACUUGGUACAGGACAUGGGUAAAGAAAUUGUACGAAAGGAGUCACCGAAAGAGCCAGGGAAACGUAGCAGAUUAUGGUUCCAUGAGGAUAUAAUUCAAGUUUUAGAAGACAACACUGGAACUAGUGAAAUUGAAAUCAUACGUCUGGAUUUCCCCUUGCUGGACGCAGAAGAAAUAGUAGAAUGGAGCAGCAAGGCCUUCAAGAAGAUGAGGAACCUCAAAACACUAAUUAUUAAAAAUGGUAAUUUUUCUAAAGGUCCCAAAUAUCUUCCAAACAGUCUAAGAGUACUAGAAUGGUGGAGAUAUCCUUCACAUGAUUUACCAUCCGAUUUUCAUUCAAAGAAACUUGCCAUGUGCAAGUUACCUCAGAGUUGCUUUACAUCAUUUGAGUUGAAGUUCAUGAGUAUGAGAUUUUUAAAUUUGGACAAGAGUAAAUGUUUAACACAGAUACCUGAUGUAUCUGGUCUCCCAAAUUUAGAAAAACUUUCAUUUCAACAUUGUCAGAAUUUAACUACAAUUCACAAUUCCAUUGGAUUUUUAUGUAAACUUAAAAUAUUAAGUGCUUUUGGUUGCACCAAGCUUGUGAGCUUUCCACCCAUCAGGUUGAGCUCUCUUGAAAGGCUCAACCUCUCACGUUGUUAUAGUCUCGAGAGUUUUCCAGAAAUACUAGGAAAGAUGGAAAACAUAAGGGAACUUCAGUUGGAGUACACUGCCAUAACGGAAUUGCCAUCUUCUUUUCAAAAUCUUACUCGGCUUCAAGAGUUACAACUGUCUAACUGUGGAGUUGUUCAGUUACCAAGUAGCAUUGUGAUAAUGCCAGAACUGACUGAUCUUAUUGGUUGGAAAUGGAAAGGGUGGCGAUGGCUAAAGCAGGAAGAGGAUGAAGAAAAAGAGGAAUCAUCAAUUGUAUCUUCAAAUGUAGAAUCGCUUUGGGCCUCAGAAUGCAACCUGUGUGAUGAUUUCUUCUCAAUCGGUUUCAUGCGCUUUGCUCAUGUGAAAGACAUAGACCUAUCAAAGAAUAAUUUCACAAUCCUUCCAGAAUGCAUCAAAGAGUUUCAAUUUCUAAGGAAGCUUAAGGUGAAUGAUUGCGACCUUCUUAAGGAAAUUAGAGGGAUUCCACCAAACAUGAAACAUUUCUUAGCAACAAAUUGUAAAUCCUUGACUUCCUCAAGUACAAGCAUGUUCCUAAAUCAGGAACUACAUGAGGCUGGAAAAACUCAGUUUUAUUUACCAGGAGAAAGGGUUCCAGAAUGGUUUGAUCACCCAAGCAAGGGACCUUCAAUUUCUUUCUGGUUUCGUAAUAAGUUCCCAGGCAAGGUUCUUUGUCUUGUUAUUGGACCUAUGCAUAAUGAUUCUGGAAUGUUUAGGCCUAGGGUGAUCAUCAAUGGCAAUAAAUGUUUCCUUGGUAGUGGCUAUUUCAUGAUGGGAAGGGAUCAUACAUAUAUUUUUGAUCUUCAAACGAUAGAAUUUGAAGAUAACUUAUACGGAGUGCCUUUAGAAAAUGAAUGGAACCAUGCAGAGGUUACAUAUGUUGGUUUGGAAGAUACAUCAAUCCUUAAAGAAAGUAGAAUCCAUGUCUUCAAACAAGAAAGUAGCAUGGAGGAUACUAGGUUUUCUGAUCCUUAUGGCAAGAGAAAAUUAGAAGAUUAUCCAAAUAGUCUGGAAUCACAUAAACGACAACUGCUAAAAAAACAUAGCUUUUUGGACAUGGAAGUUUCAUAG